AUGUUAAAUCCAAACAAACCAUCUAACGAACUUAAAGAAUUAACAAGAGCACAUACAGAAAGUUUUAAUUAUUUUCUUGAAAAAGGAAAAGAAGAUAUAUUAAAAUAUAUGAAAAAAUAUAAAAUUAUUAAAAAGGAUUCAACAGAAUUAAUGGAACUUUCAUGUACAGGUAUUUCAAUAGAAAAACCAAGAUAUAAUGGAUUACCAUUAUUUCCAUAUAUGUGUAGAAGUGCAGCAUUAACAUAUUCAGGAAAAAUUAGAUUAACAAUAACAAUAAAAGAAAAUGAAACGAGUAAAACAAUUGAAGUUGAUGGAGGAGAAAUUCCAAUUAUGGUAGGAACAAGUAAAUGUUGGAUUGGAAGUGAAUAUAUAACACCAGAAGAACGUAUUAAUAUAAGAGAAGAUCCACAUGAAAUAGGAGGAUAUUUUAUUAUUAAUGGAAUAGAAAGAUAUUUAAGAAUGAUUGUUUAUGCUAAAGCAAAUCAUCCAUUAGCAGUAAUAAGACCAAGUUGGACAAAUAAAGGAGCUCAUUUUACAAAAUAUGGAAUAAUUAUUAGAUGUAUGAGAGAAGAUAUUACGACAUUAACAAAUACAUUACAUUUUUUAGAUAAUGGAAAAGUAACACUUAGAUUUAUAUUUAAAAAACAAGAAUUUUUUAUUCCAGUUGUUUUAUUAUUAAGAGUAUAUGGAGGAAUGUCAGAUAGAGAAAUAUUUGAAUUAAUUACAAUGAAUAAUUAUGAAAAUUCUAAUUUAGUUAAUGCAGCAGAAAUGCUUGUUAGAAGAGAAAAUGGAAGUCCAUUAAAUGGAUUAAAUACACCCGAACAAGUAUUAUCAUAUAUUGGAAGUAAAUUUAGACUUAUUAUGGAUAGUACUGAAGGAGUAAAUGAUAUAGAAUUAGGAAAAAGAGUUUUAGAAGAAUUUUGUUUAGUUCAUCUUUCAUCAUAUUCAGAAAAAUCAGAUUUACUUAUUUUUAUGUUACAAAAAUUAUUUGCAUUAGUUCAUGGAGAAAUUGAUGAAGAAGGAGUUGAUACACCAAUGAGUCAAGGAGUUUUACUUCCAGGACAUUUAUAUCAAACAGUAAUAAAAGAAGAAAUUCAAAAUAUAUUAUCAAAAGCAAGGUUAUUUAUUCUUAAAGAUUUAAAAGAUGUUAAAAAAGGAAGUAAAAUAACAGAAAGAGUAUAUCUUCAAAGAAUUCUUAGUAAUGUAGCUAAAUCAUUUGGUACAAGAAUAAAAAGUUUUAUUUCUACAGGAAAUUUUGAAACAAGUUCUACUACAGAUCUUCAACAAACAAAUGGAUUUUCAAUUACAGCAGAACGUUUAAAUCAUUCUCGUUUUACUAGUCAUUUUGUUUCAGUUCAUAGAGGAGCAUUUUAUACAACUAUGAAAACUACAUCAAUUAGAAAAUUAGUUCCAGAAGCAUGGGGAUUUAUGUGUCCAGUACAUACUCCUGAUGGAGCACCAUGUGGAUUAUUAAAUCAUUUUGCAGUUUCAUGUAGAAUUAAUGCAAGAAAACAUCCAUUACCAGAACAAAAAAUUAUUGAUUUAUGUACUGAACUUGGAAUGGUAUCAACACAAUUUAUGAAAUUACCAUCAAUUUAUAUUCCAGUUUUAUUAAAUGGAAAAGUUAUUGGAAAAGUUUCACCACAUGAAAUUAAUUCAUUUGUUCAACAAUUAAGAUAUGAAAGAGCUAUUUAUAAUCCUAAAAUUCCAAAUACAUUAGAAAUUGGAUAUUGUGAUGGAUAUCUUCAAGAUGGAUAUCAUGCAUUAUAUUUAAAUAAUUUACCAGGACAAAUGAUUAGACCAGUUAUUCAUAGAGCAACAGGAAAUAUAGUUAAUAUUGGACCAUAUGAACAAGUUUUCUUAGAUAUUAAAUGUGGAGAUUCUAUAGAAGGAAUGAAUAAUGCAGAAUAUGAAGAAAUUUCAGCAUUAAAUUCAUUAUCAUUAUUAGCUACAUUAACACCAUUUUGUCAUAUGAAUCAAUCACCUAGAAAUAUGUAUCAAUGUCAAAUGGCAAAACAAACUAUGGGUAUUCCAGCACUUUCUAAUAAAUAUAGAUCAGAUACUAAAUUAUUAUGGUUACAUUAUCCACAAAGAUCAAUUUGUCAAUGUGCAUUAAUGGAACCAUUUGGAUUUAAUGAAUAUCCAACUGGAGCUAAUGCAAUUGUUGCAGUUAUUUCAUAUACAGGUUAUGAUAUGGAAGAUGCAUUAAUUAUUAAAAAAUCAGCUAUUGAAAGAGGAUUUGGUCAUGGAAGUCAAUAUAAAGCAUAUAAAGUAGAUUUUGAAAAAGAAGGAGAAAAGAAUGAAAUGUUUUCAGGAAUAACAAGUUCAGGAGAAAUUUUUGAUGAACAUUUAGAUGAUGAUGGAUUACCAAGACCAGGUGAAAUUUUUGAAAAUUCACCUAUUUAUUCUCAUAUUGAUAAAAUUACAGGAAAAAUUAAAGGUAAAGUAUUAAUGGGAGAACGUGGAUAUAUUGAAAGUGUUAGAAUUGUUGGAGGGGAUAAUAUUGAUUCUGGAUUACAAAAGGCAGUUGUUCGUGUUAGAUAUAAUAGAACACCUGUUAUUGGAGAUAAAUUCUCUUCAAGGCAUGGACAAAAAGGUACUUUAUCACUUCAUUAUCAAGAAAAAGAUAUGCCAUUUACUGAAAGUGGAAUGACACCAGAUAUUAUUAUUAAUCCACAUGCUUUCCCAUCUCGUAUGACAAUUGCUAUGUUAGUUGAAAGUAUGGCAAGUAAAGUAGGUGCAUUAAAAGGAGAAUAUCAAGAUGCUACUCCUUUUAAAUUUGAUGAAGAAAAUACUGCUGUUGAUUAUUUUGGAAAACAAUUAUUAAAAUAUGGAUAUAAUUAUUAUGGAAGUGAACCUUUAUAUUCUGGAAUUUAUGGCAAUGAAUUACAAUCAGAUAUUUAUAUUGGUGUUGUUUAUUAUCAACGAUUAGUUCAUCAAGUUAAAGAUAAAUAUCAAGUUAGAAGUACUGGUCCUAUUAGUAUUGUUACUCAUCAACCAAUUAAAGGAAGAAAAAGAGGUGGUGGAAUUAGAUUCGGUGAAAUGGAAAGAGAUUCUUUAGUUGCUCAUGGUACAUCUAUGUUAGUUCAUGAUAGAUUGUUUGAGUGUUCUGAUAAAUGUUAUCAUUAUGUUUGUACAAAAUGUGGUAGUAUUUGUACUAUUAAACGUUCUAAAGAAUAUGAUAAAAUGAUUUGUCAAAGUUGUGGUCCAACUUCUAUUGUUAAAAAGAUUCAAAUCCCUUAUGUAUUCCGAUAUUUGGCUGCAGAAUUAAGUGCAAUGAAUGUGAGAUUAAAUUUAAAAGUUGAUAGAAACAGUUUUUAA